GCUGUUUUCGUUUUGAAAUUGAAAAUAUUGACUUGCCUGACAUUGACGUUAUAUGGACGUAAUGAAUAUCGUCCGCGAGAAUAGUUCGUGAAGUUUAUUUUAAAAUAAUUAUUGCUCGUAUUGUAGAUACUUUUCUGUAACAUAAAGUAAAAUUACCUAAUUGUGUAGAAAAGUUAUAGUAUUCUUUCUAUUUCUUGUAUGCACAAAUUAAAUUAACUUAGUUGAUGUUUAUAAAAGUUUAUAAUUUUACUAUUUGUUUCAAUGAUGAAGUGGUUAAUUUUGCUAUUUGUUAUUAAUACAAUUGCGGCUGAUCCUACGCCGGUAGUAUUAUGGCAUGGAAUGGGUGACACUUGCUGCUUCUCAUUCAGCCUUGGAUCGUUCAAGGAGUGGCUUGAGGAACAAAUACCAGGAAUAUACAUAUUGUCCAUAAGGAUUGGUAACAAUGCCGUAGAAGACUUCGAAAAUGGUUACUUUAUGAACCCAAACAAACAAAUAGAUAUGGCUUGUGAAAUGUUGAAGAAUGACACCAAACUUCAGAAUGGAUUCAAUGCCAUAGGAUUUUCACAGGGAUGCCAAUUCAUCCGAGGCGUCAUUCAGAAGUGUGGCCACAAAAUCCCUCAAGUAAAGAACUUUAUCUCUUUGGGAGGCCAACACCAAGGAGUUUAUGGUGUUCCCAACUGUGGUCCUUUGACGCACAAAUCCUGUGAUUACGUCCGGAAACUACUCAACUAUGCUGCUUAUGUUAGUUGGGUUCAAAACGGCUUAGUCCAAGCUACGUACUGGCACGAUCCCUUGAACGAGGCUAAAUACAAAGAGAAGAGUAUCUUCCUAGCAGACAUUAACAAUGAGAGGAAGAUCAACAAGACAUAUGUUAAGAAUCUGAAGAAGUUACAGCAUUUCGUGUUGGUGAAGUUUGAUGAAGACACCAUAGUGCAGCCUAGAGAGACUGAGUGGUUUGGCUUCUAUGUGCCUGGACAGUCUACCAAGUUACAGACGUUGCAGCAGUCAGAUAUUUAUAUUAAGAACCGACUGGGACUACAGGAGAUGGACAAGUCUGGUCAACUAGUGUUCCUCAACUCAACCGGCAAUCACCUCCAAUUCAAGGACCAGUGGUUCAUUAAGGAGAUCAUAAAACCUUAUCUCUUGUAGAUAAUGGUUUAAUUAGCUUAUCUGUUAGGACAUCGGGAGAUUAUGUUGAUUAAGCUGAGGUUAUACUCUUUAGGUUAAUUUCAAUUUGUUUUUAGUGCGUCUUUAUGUAAUGUGCAAUUUAAUAUCAAUUGAAUUGAGUUGUUUAUGUACUCGUAUCUAUCAUUAUAACAAAUAGGUAGGGAAGUAUUAGUGACGGGCUAAUGAAAAUUAAUGGAAUGGAAUGACUCAUUCAAAUAAUCUUUCGAAGGUGCAGGUAUUCGAAUUAUUCGAUUGUAGGUAUUCGAGUGAAAAAUACAUUGCAUUUUUUUUUGUUGCGCAUGAAUUGAAAUUUUAUGACCAUAAACAUAUACAAAAUUAUUAUUAUAUA